GUCCGCUGGUGGGAGGGCGCUGGAACACAAACCUCUAGCGGAAUAAAGUUAGGGUCAGUUUUUGAUGUAGUAGUUGGGACUUCCGUGCGUACUGACAGUCUUGUAUGCAGCCUGUCGAAUAUGUCUCGGUUUGCGGAUCAUAUAGGGUUACCUCAGAAAGUUGCAUCAGUAACCAGGGUGUUGGUGUGCUUUUUACUCAUUUUUCCAUCCAUUACCGGAGCCGGACUGUACACCGCUUCUGAUCAGAUAUUGGUGUUAACCCCGCAAAAUGUGAACUCGGCACUGAUUAACUCCACGGCUGCAGUGGUGGUGGAGUUCUACGCUUCGUGGUGUGGUCACUGCGUACACUUUUCUCCUGUUUACAAAAGUCUUGCAAGAGACAUUAAAGAGUGGAAGCCUGCUGUGUACCUGGCCGCCAUAGACUGUGCCGAGAACAUUGAGGUCUGCAGGGAUUACGGCAUCUCAGGCUACCCGAGCAUUAAGUUCUUCAAUGCCUACUCCACGAAUGCUUCUAUGGGAAAAUACAUCCGAGGAUUCAACCGGGACCUGAAGGUUCUGCGUCAGCUGAUCGUAGACCGGAUGGAGGCCCAUGAGGAGCCGGCCCCCCCCGCCUGCCCUCCCCUGGAGCCAAUAAGCCAAGCGGAGAUUACUAGCUUCUUUGAAACGAACACCGUGGAAUAUCUGGCCCUGAUCUUUGAGGAAUCCACUUCUUACGUGGGCAAAGAAGUAACCCUGGACCUGCUGCAGUUUGAGAACGUGUCAGUGAGGCGGGUGCUGCGGUCGGAGGAGGCCCUGGUCUCCCAGCUGGGGGUCACUGAGUUCCCGUCCUGCUACCUCUACUACCCAGGAGGAAACGCCACCAGACUCCAAGUCCAGAUCGAGGCUCGCGCGUUCUACUCCUACGCCCUCCAGAGGCUGCCGGGGGUGGUGCGCUUUGGCAAGCCCAAGCCUCUGUCAACAGACCUGCUCACCAACAACACAGUAGAACCCUGGAGAGCCUUUAACAGCUCCAGGGUGUAUAUGGCGGACCUGGAGUCGGCGCUCAGCUACUCGCUGCACGUCGAGUUAUCCAGCACUGCCGUCUUCAAAGGAGACGCACUGAGCGCGCUCAAGGGCUACAUAGCCGUCCUGGCUAAGUACUUUCCCGGCCGGCCGAUGGUGACCAACCUGUUGAAGUCGCUGGACUCCUGGCUGAAGGCCCAGGACGGGGCUGAGGUCUCCUACAGCGACCUCAGAGAGGUUCUGGACGUCCCAGCCCAGGUCCCCAACAGUGGGUUACCAGCGGUGGUGAGGUGGGUGGGCUGCCAGGGAUCGAAGCCCCAUCUGAGGCGCUACCCGUGUGGCGUGUGGACCCUCUUCCAUGUUCUCACAGUCCAGGCCCAACGCUCCAAUGAAUCAGACGCGUCACAACCUCAGGAGGUUCUGAAGGCCGUACGAGACUACGUCAAGGAGUUCUUCGGCUGCAGGGAGUGUGCGGAGCACUUCGUCGCCAUGGCCACGGAGGGCCUGUGGGAGGUGAAGACCCUCUCCGGGGCCGUCACCUGGCUGUGGACCAGACACAACCGGGUCAACAACCGCCUGGCAGGUGCCCUGAGCGAGGACCCCCACUUCCCUAAGAUCCAGUGGCCGUCCCCGAAGAUGUGUCCGACCUGCCAUGGGGUGAGGCAGAACGGAGAGCAUAGCUGGGAGAUGGACCAAGUGCUGGCCUUCCUCGUCUCCCACUUCGACUCUGACCGCCUGCUGCCCGACUACCUUGUAGACGAGAGCGAGCUCCUGGCCCAGCAGAGGAAGACCCAUGAGGCGAACGUCCUGAUCACACAGAAACGGGCAGAGAGGAAGGCCAGGGAGGCGGGGGAGUCCGUCGCGGAGGCCGCCGUCUCCCAGCCUCCCGCUGAAGAGCUGGGGACGGAGGAGGAAGAGGAAGAGGAAGAGGAGGAGGAGGAGGGGGAGGAGGAAGAAGGGGGGCCGGAGGAGCCGGUGGUGGAGAUGGGAGGCAUGGGAAAGGAGGAGAAGGCGGCGGCACCGGCGGCAGUGUCGGACAAGAUGGCCGCCGAGUCGGCUCCCUGGCCCGGCAAACCGGGCGCGGGGGGCGGGGUUGUGCGGGGCCGAUGGCGUUCGCUGAGGAAGCCCGGCGCGGCGGGGCCGCGGCCCCGGGACGCCCAGGAGGACAUCGUGGACCUGGACUCCUUCGUCAACCAGCACUUCAAGAACAAGGCGCUGCGGGCGGCCGCCGCCGCCGCCGCCACCGCCGUCAGGGGCCGCACCCUGCAGAGGAAGGUGGAGGCGGAGCCGGGGCCCGUGUUCGGCCUGCGCAUGGAGCUGGACCUGGGGCUGGGGAUGGUGGGCCUGGAGCCCGUGGAGCCCGGCGCCGAGCCCGGCGCGCGGCAGCAGAGGCUGUGGCUGAAGAAGCGGGAGCUGUCCGACACGGCGUUCGUGGCGGACGGCGACAAGGCGGACCAGUGGUACGUCGAGGACCCCCGGGGCCGCCUGAUCUCGGUGCUGAACGUGGGCUUCUCCCGGCUGGACAUCAGCCUGUGCGUGGUGCUCUAUCUCCUCUCGUCCAUGUGCCUCAUGGCCAUGUACCUGUUCUUCAAGAACCGCCUCAGGAUACGACGGGUUAAGGUCUCGCUGCCCUGAGAUGGACCAACACACUAUUUUUUUUUUUUCUAACAGGGUCUGGUUGGUUCAGAGUCCUGGAAAUAAACAUUGAAUCCUACCACUAUGUCACUCUUUGUCCCGGUCCACGAUGCGGGCGCUAAUGCCCGUCUAGCAUGGAGUAGGCAGAGGUUGUUUUAAGGGGAUGUGUGAAAGAUUAGAAUUCCACUUAAAGAGGUUCAAGUAGCAUUAGCGUACCUUCUAAACCCUGUGGUUCUGGGUGAUUAUUUCUCAAAUUUGAUUUCCCGGUUGUACACGUCUUGGAGAUAACUCUGACCAAAAUUGUUGUUCAAAUAUAUGCUUUCAUUCAUGUUCUUUAAUUUUUUGAACCAAUCCUUUGAAUCAGCUUGACUUGCACAAACUGCACAAUACUAAUUGGAUGAUCAUGAGUUCAUUACUUUUAUCUACUUACGGUUUACUACUGUUUGACUGAUAAUUGCAUUCCAAAUUAUACGUUCCUUCAGCAAUUCAGUUUGAUUCGCAGAAUACUUUGGUUCUACGUACGAGAACGAUUGAACGUGACUGGAAGUAGAAUGUAGUCAGUUAUCCACAUUCUACUGCCCCGUUGUCAGCCGUCUUUCCUUCCGUAUUUUCUCUGCGGUUUCUUAACGAGGUCCUCGUUUGUAGUCCUAUUACAUCAUGCUGCUGAAUCUGCCGUUAAUGAGCUGCUCGUUACAAUCCUGUUGUUGUCUUUAUUGUUGAGGCGGUUAGUAAGUGCUUAAGUUCUCAGAUCCAUCUUAGAAUAAGCAGGCUUUGAUUUUGGUGUCCGUUGAGGUAAAGCUUGUCCACUGAUCUCACUCCUCUCUGGUAAUACUUUUCUUCGAUUGAUAUGUUUCCCUUCCCAAAUUGAAUCAAUAAACAUAUUUUUGUACAUGGA